CUCACACACACUCACCAUGGCCUACCAGCUGAAACUGGCGGAGAAGCUGCUGAUCCUCCGUGACCGUGGGCAGGGUGUGCUGGUGCGCAUCAACCACAUCAAGAAGGUUUUCUCAGACCCAAAGCGAAGACCUUCAUACUUCACUGAUAAAAGCAUGGAGUCUGCCAUAAAAUACAUCAACAGAAAAUUCCCCAACAUCGACUUCAGGGGUGGCAGUCAACAGCUGAGCAGCAUUCAGAAACAGAAGACCGCCGUGCUGGAGUGUCUGCACAGCUACUACGAGUCCUUCAUAGAUGUCAUGGAGUUCAGGGACCAUGUUUAUGAGCUGUUGAACACAAUCGACGCCUGUCAGUGCUUCUUUAACAUCAUUGUGAAUUUUGACCUGACCAAGAAUUACCUGGACCUCGUGGUCACCUACGCCUCUGUCAUCUACAUGCUGUCCCGCAUUGAGGACAAGAAAGCCAUAGUGGGAAUGUAUAACUCUGCGUAUGAGCUGUCCAACGGGAACAGUGAUCCCUCGUACCCUCGUCUGGGACAGAUGUUCUUAGAGUACGAACACCCCUGGAAGAAGCUGUCUGAGGAGUUCGGUCCACACACUAAGGCGGUGACGGAGGCUGUUCUCUCUCUGCAUCUGGUGUAUCCGCGCAGGAAUCUGACUGCAGAUCAGUGGCGCAGUGCUCAGCUCCUGUCCCUGCUGGCUUCACCCGCCGCCAUGCUGAGCCCGGCCUGCUGUGACACUGUGGCGUGUGAGUAUCUGUCCAUGGAGGUGAUGGAGCGCUGGAUCCUCAUCGGGUUCCUGUUGUGUCAUGCGAGUCUCAACACCAACGCAAACUCUCAGAGUCUGUGGAAGAUGGCGCUGCGCAACGGCCUGUACAUCAGCAUCAUCAGAGACGAGCUGCUCAACAUACACAAGCUCUCAGAGGAGUUCUUCGACAGUCUUAAAGGGUACAGUAAACGCAUCGCUGACAUCAAGGAGUGUAAAGAGCACGUGCUGGCCAACUGCGGUGCGUUGCGCAGAGAGAAGCGCAGCUAUCUGAGGAACGCCCUGAAGGAGCUGACUAAAGUGCUGGAGGACGAGCCGGCGCUGCUGGGACCCAAGGUGUUGUUUGUGUUCAUGGCGCUGUCGUUCUCUCGGGAUGAAGUGCUGUGGCUCGUGCGGCACAUGGAGAACAUCCCCAAAACCAAAACACCGGAGGAUUACGCAGACCCGCAGAUGGCCGAGCUGCUCUUCUACAUGGAGAAGUUGCGCGCGCUGCUGCUGCGUCACAGAUACGUGGUUCAGCGAUAUCAUCUGCAGUAUCUGGCACAGUACGACGCGCUCGUGCUCAACGACACCAUUCAGGGCAUGCUCGUGUGUCCAGAGGAGGAGUCUGUGCUCAUGUCCUCAUUCGUCUCCACUCUGUCUGCGCUCAGCCUCAAACACUGUGAGUUACACACACGAACAUACACUGACUGAGUGUGUGUGUGUGUGUGUGUGUGUGUGUGUGUGUGUGUGUGCUUCAGUGUUGUCUGUAUAAUUGAGCAGCUUUGACUGAACUCGUGUCCAGCAUUGACCAAUCAGUGUAACACUCACUGUGUGUGUGUGUGUAUGCGUGCGUGUGUGUGUGUGUGUGUGUGUCUGCAGGUGUACACCAGUGUGGGUAAAGCUCCUCUGGCCCUGAAGGAUUACCCAGAGCUGGCCAAGAUCAUGAACGUGUCUCAGUUUCACAGCCGCAUGCUGGACAGUGUGGAGGAACUGCUGUGGGAGACCACGGACCUGUCUGUGCUCUGUUUUCACGCGCGUGUGUUUGAGAAGCUCUUCUCUCAGAGCAGCGAGGAUGUGUGUGUGCAGCGAUACCUCAUGGGCUUCCCGCUCGUCUGCUCACACUUCAGCCAGAGUCUCCAUCCACUCUGCCCAGAGGAGACUGAAGAUCUAGAGAAGCAGAGCCUGAAGCUGUGUGUGUCGUUUCUGGAAGAGAUCUCACGUCAGACCAGUGCGGUGGUGCUGGAGAUCUGUGCUGAGCAGUGGAACCUGCACGAAAAGCUGCUGCCCAAACACAGCGCUCAGACCAUCAGCACAGCCCGCAACAAAAAACUGAAGAAGGUGCAGCCCAAGAAAGGAGACGCUCCCAGGGAGAAGCCGGGGGCCGAGAGCCUGCGCAAGGACAGAGCCUUCGUCACCAAUCUGGAUAAGAUGCACCAGACCCUGACAGAGCUGUGCUCCUCGUUCAGCAUCUGCACUGAUUUCUCCGUCUGCAGACACGUCAUCGUGCCGGCCGAGUUCCUGCUCACACAGCUGGAGAUCAGACUCAACAAGGUGUUUGUGCAGAUGGCGGGCUACAAUCAGAGCACUCAUGAGAUCUCGCGUCCGUCAGAUCUUGCGUCAGGAAUGCAGGCGUACGUCAGCGCGAUACACACUCUCAGCUCCUACAUCAACAUCGACGUCUCGCGCCUCGUCAAGAGUGUGUUACUGCAGCAGACACAGCCGCUCGACUCUUACGGCGCGCAGACCAUCACCACACUCUACACCAACUGGUAUCUGGAGGGUCUCCUCCGUCAGGCCAGCAGUGCUCUGAUCGUCCACUGCCCCACCACACAGUGCUUCAUAAACCAGAACACCGAGAACGAGCAGAACUUCCACGCCGAGGAGUACUCUGACAUUGGAGGUUUGCGCUCGUUGGCUGAACUGAUCGGUCCUUAUGGGAUGAAGUUUUUAAGCGAGAACCUCAUGUGGCACAUCAUAUCUCAGGUUGGAGAACUGAAGAAACUUGUCAGCGACAACAUGGAUGUCCUGGUGCAGAUGAGGGCAAACUACGAGGAUCCCGAAGCCAUGAGUGAACUCCAGAAGAAGCUCGCAGGCUGUGAGAACGUGCUGAAGAGAAUGACCAUCAUCGGGGUGAUCCUGUCCUUCCGCUCCAUGGUCCAAGAAGCUCUGGAGGAGAUCAUGGACAGACACUGCCCGUUCCUCAUGAAGCCCAUCAGAUGCCUGAAGGACUUCGUCUGUCCAGAGAUCGACAUCAAGGUCACUCUGGGUGUGUAUGAAAUGGCGUCGGCCGCUGGUUUGCCCUGUGAGAUCGACCCCGCGCUGGUUUCCGCAUUAGCAAACAUGCAGACAGAUAACCCGUCGAUGGAGGAGGAGUAUAAGAUCAGCUGUCUGCUGCUGGUGUACAUCGCCGUUUCCCUGCCGUCGCUCUGCCUGGAUCCAAACUCAUUCUACAGCCGCGAGCACGGAGGUCACCAGAACAACAUCCACUGUUUGGCGACUGCGGUGAACCACGUGGCAGCGGCCAUGUUCACCGUCCAGAGGAAGAACAUCCAGACGCAGAUGCAGGAGUUCCUGAAGGUGGCGUCCUCUGUCCUACUCCAGCUCGGUCAGAAUGUGGACAACAGAGAGAUCAAGAACAGGGAUUCGGUUUAUAUCCUUCUGCACAUGAUCGUGGAGCAGUCGCCGUUCUUGAGUCAGGAUAUGCUGGAGAUGUGUUUUCCCUACGUGCUCCUCAGAAACGCAUACAGAGAAGUGCACAAAGUCUUCAUCCACACCAUGGGCUGAGGCUGGAGGACACAGAGACACCACUGCACUGCCGUUUGCUUCAUAGACUAACAGAUGAACCCCGUAUGCAAUAUAUUUACCAUGCAGAGGACAACACCACUGCUUACAUCAAUCAUUCUGCAGCUGUUAUCAGGGAGAUCACACGUCUCUGGAAGCACUGGCCAGACUCUGAUCAGUAGUUUUCAUUACGCUGUGUGUGAGGCAUGUUUGCUCUUGUUAAACUGCACUGGAGCUCAGUGGCUUCUUCAGAAUCCAGAUCAAAACUGGACCUUACAGUAAGCCAGAUUAGCUGAAGUGAAAAAGAAUCAAUAAAAGUUAUGCAUCUUU